AUGUCGCAGUCCAUCCCGCAGGCACAGCCUGUCACAGUAAGCCUUCAGGAUCUUUUCGCAGGAUCUGUCCCCUUCGAGGCAUUGACAGAGGCAUUUGGGCCUUCUUCCCUGGGCAUCAUCGUGGUCAAGGAUUUGCCGCCUCGCUUCAAGGACUUGCGAGCUCAGGUUCUCUCCAACUCGUCUUACCUGGCGUCUCUGCCGAAGGAUGAAUUAGAAAAACUAGAAAGCCCCCAAUCCAAAUAUCUCGUGGGCUGGUCCUGCGGCAAAGAAACCUUGCGAUCCGGCCACUUCGACACCCUCAAGGGCUCGUACUACAUCAAUUGCGCAUUUUAUCAAAACCCAGUGUUACAGAAUGCCCCCGCAGACGACUUUCCGGACUUCCCUCAAUACACAGCGCCCAACAUAUGGCCGUCGGAGGCAAAAUUGCCUACAUUCCGGCCCAGCGUGGAGGAGCUUUGUACGCUGAUCAUUGACACGGCGGCACUGGUAGCUAGGGCUUGUGAUCGGUAUGCAUUGGCUAAUGUUGAGGGGUAUAAAGAAGGGUAUUUAGAGCAUGUGGUGAAGACGAGUCUGACGACCAAGGCUCGUUUGUUGCACUACUUCCCGACAGAGGCUGGCUCGUCAUCGACAGAAGAGAAGAAGAAGAAGAAGAAGGGAGAUAAUGAUAAUGCAGGUGAUGAUGACGACGACGACGAUUGGUGCGCAACUCAUGUAGACCAUGGCUGUCUCACAGGUCUUACAUCAGCCAUGUUCAUUGAUGAAGCUCUACAUUCGCCCACAUCAUCGCCAUCAACAACGCCUCUCGCAGAGCUCACCGCCUCGCCAGACCCCAAAGCAGGCCUCUACAUCCGAUCGCGAACAGGCCACAUCGUAAAAGUGAAUAUCCCAAAGGACUGUCUCGCAUUCCAAACGGGGGAGGCGCUCGAAUUGAUAACACACGGAAAAUUCCGUGCUGUGCCACAUUUUGUCAAGGGAGUUUCAGUUUCGCCCUCUGCGUCAGCUUCGACUACAGCAAGGAUUGCACGGAAUACGUUGGCGGUCUUUACGCAGCCGAAUCUGGGCGAGGAGGUGCAGAGGGGAAAGACCUUUGCGGAUUUUGCGAGGGAGGUUGUUGAAAGGACGUAUUGA